AUGGCUUCAUCCAUAGUGAAUCCCGAUGUGGCAAGAGUCUCUGUCCUUGGUUCAGAGUCCAUCAUUGUCGGUUUUCAUCUAACGGAAUAUCUCAUACGCGAUAUUCUAACCAACCUCCCUGCCUCCAACUAUGUUGUUAUUACAGACACCAACUUGGCUCCCAUCUACCUCGACAAGUACGUCAACGCCUUUAAGGCAGUCAGCAAAGACAUCUUUGAGGUCAAAAAUGAAAAGGAACCUCGUCUUUUUACCCGUAUUUUACCACCUGGCGAAAUGACCAAGUCUCGCAAAAUCAAGGCUGAUAUUGAGGAUUGGCUCUUAUCCAAUGCAGUGACCAGAGAUACAUGUUUCCUUGCCAUGGGUGGUGGUGUCAUUGGCGAUCUUGUGGGCUUUGUUGCUGCUACAUUUAUGCGUGGUGCCAUGGUGGUGCAAAUCCCUACCACCUUGUUGGCCAUGGUGGAUUCUUCCAUUGGCGGUAAAACUGCCAUUGAUGUGCCUGCUGGUAAGAAUUUGGUAGGUGCCUUCUGGCAACCCAAGCGUAUUUUCAUGGAUUUGGACUUUUUGAAUACGUUGCCCGAGCGUGAAUUUGCCAAUGGUAUGGCUGAAUUGAUUAAGACGGCUGCUAUUUCAGAUGAAAAUGAUUUCUGUAAGCUGGAAAAUGGCGUAGAAGCUAUUCGCAAUGCCGUUUUCUGUAGUGGAUCUGCCGUCCCCAAUCAAGGUGCUACUUUGGAUACUCGCACAGAAGCUCAAUCCAUGCUCAUGGAUGUCAUUUUGGCGUCAGUCAGAUUCAAGGCGUUUGUGGUCACCAGCGAUGAAAGAGAAGGAGGUCUUCGUGGUUUAUUGAACUUUGGUCAUUCCAUUGGUCAUGGUAUUGAGGCUAUCGUUUCCCCCCUCAUGUUGCAUGGUGAAUGCGUAUCCAUUGGCUGUAUCAAGGAAGCUGAAUUAGCCCGUAACUUGGGCCAUUUGAAUCAAGUCGCUGUCGGCCGUUUAGCCCGUUGUUUUGCCUCUUACGGGUUGCCCAUCAGCAUGGAUGAAAAGAAGGUCAAGGACAGAAUCGGCAGCCUUUACUGUCAUGUCGAUGAUAUCAUGGAAGUCAUGAAGGUGGACAAAAAGAAUCAAGGCGAUAAGAAACGUAUUGUCAUGCUCUCUGCUAUCGGCAAAACUUUGGAGCCUCGUGCCUCUGUCAUUGCUGAUGCCGAUAUCCACAAGGUGCUUUCUCCCGAACAACUUGUCUUGCCUGUUACUGAGUCACCCAACGGUCCCAAGAAGGAGGUCUCCUUGACCACACCAGGCUCCAAAUCCAUCUCUAACCGUGCUUUGCUCAUUGCUGCAUUAGGUACCGGUACUGUGCGUAUCAAGAACUUGUUACACUCGGAUGAUACUCAAUUCAUGUUGGCUGCACUCAAGAGCUUGAAUGCUGCUGACUUUGAGUGGGAGGAUAAUGGUGAAACUCUUGUUGUACACGGUGGUGGUGGUCGUCUGUCUGUGCCCGAUAAAGAAAUCUAUGUGGGUAAUGCAGGUACUGCUUCCAGAUUCUUGACCUCUGUCUUGACAUUGAUCCCUACUGCUGAGGGUACCAAGAAUCCUACUGCCAUCUUGACUGGUAAUGCCCGUAUGAAGCAAAGACCUAUUGCGCCUCUUUUGGAUGCCUUGAAGGCAGAUGGUGCUGAAAUCAAGUCUAUUGAAAAGGAGGGCUUCUUGCCCAUUGCUGUUACUCCUAAUGGUGGCCUCAAGGGUGGUCGUAUCGAAUUGUCUGCCUCCAUCUCUUCUCAAUAUGUCUCCUCCAUCUUGUUGUGUGCUCCUUAUGCUACUGAGGAAGUUGAGCUGGUGUUGACGGGUGGUCAAGUUAUUUCUCAGCCGUACAUUGACAUGACCAUUGCCAUGAUGGAGUCUUUCGGCGCUGUUGUCGAACGUCUCCCUGAAAAUACCUACAGAAUCAAGCAAACUACCUACAAGAACCCUGAUCAUUACCUCGUGGAAUCCGAUGCCAGUUCUGCCACUUAUCCUUUAGCCAUUGCUGCCAUCACUGGUACGACUUGCACUGUCACCAGUAUUGGCUCCAACUCUCUUCAAGGUGAUGCCACUUUUGCUAUUAAUGUGCUGCGUCCUAUGGGAUGUACUGUUGUGCAAACCGAGACCUCUACUACCGUUACUGGCCCUCCCAUUGGUCAACUUCGUCCUCUGCCUGAAGUGGAUAUGGAAACCAUGACAGAUGCCUUCUUGACUGCUACUGUGUUAGCUGCUGUAACAUCUCCUGCUGACGGUAAAGGUGAAAACAUCACUCGCAUCUAUGGUAUUGCCAACCAACGCGUCAAGGAAUGCAACCGUAUUGCUGCCAUGGUUCACGAGCUCACUAAAUUUGGUGUGCAAGCCUCUGAAUUGCCCGAUGGUAUCCAGAUCCACGGUAAGCCCAUCAAGGAUUUAAAGGCGCCCAAGGAAGGUGUUCAUACCUACGAUGACCAUCGUAUUGCCAUGAGUUUCUCUGUUUUCUCCACUGUUGUUCCUCACGGCACCAUCAUCACUGACAAGAAAUGUGUUGAAAAGACUUGGCCAACUUGGUGGGAUGAUCUUGAAGGCAAGCUCGGUGUUCGUUUGAAUGGCGUGGAUCAAGGUCUUCGUUUAGCUCAAGCUGAAAAGUCGCUGGGUCGUACUUCCAUCAAGCUCAACAACAGCAAGUCUCUGGAUGACGGUAAAUCCAUGGUAAUUGUUGGCAUGCGUGGUGUUGGCAAGACGACUUUGGGUCAAUACGCUGCCGAAGUUCUGGGCUUCAAGUUUAUCGAUGUGGAUCAGUAUUUUGAAGCUACCGUAAAGACUAGUGUAUUCGAGUUCAUCAACACGUGGGGUUGGGAUCAGUUCCGCAUCAAGGAAACGGCCGCAUUGAAGGAAUUGCUGGCCAAGGAUUCCAAGUAUGGUCGUGGCUAUGUGAUUGCCUGUGGUGGCGGCAUCAUUGAAACUGCUGAAUCGCGAGAUGUUUUGAAGGAGCACACCAAGACGGGAGGCAAGGUGCUGCAUCUGGUGCGUGAUUUGGACCAAGUGGUUCGCUAUUUGAACCGUGACAAGACGCGUCCCAUGUACGGUGAGGACAUGAUGAAUGUCUGGCGUCGUCGUCGCUCCUGGUAUAAGGAAGUCUGCAACUUUGAGUUUGUCGCUUAUGCCAACAGCUUAGUGGACGAUGGCUACGUCUCUCCCACCGAAUGGCUCGCUAUCAAGAAGGAUCUUCAACGAUUCCUGAAUUUCAUCAGUGGUCGUGAUACCAACCAUGUGGAUACCACUGCUGGCCGUGUUGGUGUGCCUACUACCUUUGUCUCUCUGACUGCCAAGGACCUCAGUCAAUCUCUUGAAACGCUAAAGGAAAUGUGUGAAGGCGCUGAUGCUGUCGAGCUGCGUGUGGAUCUACUACAGAAGCCCGAGGAGAAGGAGGAGAUGACUGAUAUCGAGUACUUUGGUGAGCAAUUAGCCAUCCUGCGUCGCACUGUGUCUAUUCCUGUCAUCUUUACCGUGAGAUCCAAGGGUCAAGCAGGUGCUUUCUCGGAUGAAGAUGAAGCAGGCAUGUUUGAGUUGCUCCAUUGGGGCCAACGCUGGGGCUGUGAGUAUGUCGAUGUAGAGAUGUGCUGGACGCCUGCUACUAUUGAAAAGUUGAUUGCCAACAAGGGCCAUAGUCUCAUCAUUGCCUCAUGGCAUGAUGUGCAGAAUGUCACACCUUGGGACGGCAAGGCAAUCCAAGUCAAGUACGAAACGGGUGACAAGUAUGGUGAUAUUAUCAAAUUGGUGGGUGUUGCUCAAACGUUCCAAGACAACAUGACAUUGGAGACCUUCCGUGCUUCCAAGGUUGGUGGUAAAGACCUCAUUGCCAUCAAUAUGGGAGCUGCUGGUCAGUUGUCUCGUGUGAUCAACGAAUGCUUAACUCCCAUCACGCAUCCUGCUCUACCUCACAAGGCUGCUCCUGGCCAACUCUCUCUCGCUGAAGUCAACAAGGCGCGCCAUCUCAUUGGCCUCUUGCCUGCUCAGUCCUUCUGGUUGAUCGGUACUCCCAUCCAACACUCCAUGUCGCCUACACUCCACAACACAGGCUUCGAAGUCUUGGGUCUCCCUCAUCGCUACGGUCUCUUGGAAUGCCACAUGGUUGAGUAUGCUGAAGAUACCAUCCUCAACGAUCCCAACUUUGGCGGUGCCUCUGUUACCAUUCCCCACAAGGUCGCUAUCAUCAAGUAUCUUGAUCAAGUUACUGAGAAUGCAAAGACCAUUGGCGCUGUUAACACCAUCUUUGUACGCGAUACGGUUGUCAAUGGCGAGAAGAAGCGCAAAUUCAUUGGCGAGAACACAGACUACAUUGGCAUGAAGCGUCGCAUUCAAUCAUUGAUGCUGGAUGCCACCAACCCUCCUGAACAAGGCCUCGUUAUUGGUGCUGGUGGCACUGCUCGUGCUGCCUUGUACACGUUGCAAAAGAUGGGCAUCAAGAAGAUCUACCUGUGGAAUCGCACCAUCUCCAAGGCACAUGAUUUGCAAAAGGCGUUUGAAGGCAGCAUUGAUGUCCAAGUCAUUGACUCGUUGGAGUCCUCCAAGAUUGAGCCUGGUGUGAUCAUUUCAACUGUGCCCGCUGAUUCUGGCAUCGAGUUGCCUGAGCAUGUGUAUGGCGGUAUCAAGGGCAUCAUCUGUGAUAUGGCCUACAAGCCCCGUCGCACCAAGCUUCUGUUGCAAGCUGAGCGCAAGGGAUGGUCCUGUGUGGAAGGCAUUGAAGUCUUGAUUUCUCAAGGCAUUGCUCAAUUUGAAAUCUGGACAGGCAAGCGUGCCCCCGUGGAUAAGAUUGAAGCUGAGGUGUUGAAAAAGUAUGAACUAUGA